GAACAGGGCCCGCCAAGUGAUAUUGCUGUCGACAUGCUCCGCGAUGAAUCUCCGCCGCCAUUCCAACAGUUCCAGCGACCUCGGAGAGAUAGUUCACCCUCCGCGUCGCUUGCGUUUGUACCGCCCAUGCAACACGACGAGGAGAUCGGAGAUCAGACACCGUUCAUGCCGCGGCAGUCUGAGCGGCCCAAGCCACAACAGAGCACGAUACCACAACAGGUGUACCAUCCGUCGUUGGAGCCUCCAGCACAUGAUAAAUUAUGGGGUAGCCUAUAUAUAUUUCUGAUGGCGGGCAUGUUCACGACGUCUUUCGUAGUUUGGCUCCACACGGAGGAGAGCAAUAAUCCAAAGGACACCAUUUACAACACGCUCCAUGGGUCAUUGCACCUCCUCGCCAUCGAUACUUUUGUCGCGAUUGCCGUCGCGGUGGGGUGGAUGUUUCUGCUCAAGUCGUGCGCGCGACCGCUGAUAUACUUUGUCAUGGUAUCUGUGCCGGUGGUGCUGGUCGUCUUCAGUAUAUAUCCAUUCGUUAUGUCGUUUAAGGUGCCCGAAAAGAGCUAUGGCGGACAAGGCACGGUCAUGCGGUGGGGGAGCAUAAUUCCGGCGAUAAUGUCUGGGACCUGGGCGUAUUCGGCGUGGAGGAAUAGAUUCGCCAUGACACGGGCGGUUGACAUCAUCCAGCUGGCAUGCCGGAUCAUCCAAGGCAACCCGGCACUGGUAUUGUUGAGCUUUGGGGCGCUGGUGGGAACAUGCGUAUUUUCGUGGAUCUGGGUGGGAAUGUUCACAAGAGUCUUUUUGACUGGAAACUCCUUAGUCCGGGACGGAGUUAUCUGGAAGCUGAGAACCAGGACGAUUUUCCUGGGCAUCUACUACAUCAUGAUGUAUCUCUGGACACUGGGUGUCGCUUCUGGUGUACACAGGGCGACGUCUGCAGCUACAGUUUCCCAAUGGUACUUCCACCGGCACGCCAUCCCGAAACCCUCCUCCCGCGCCAUCAUGGGCGCCGCCUUCCAGCACAGCACCUCCACCCUCUUCGGCAGUAUCUGCCUAAGCUCCCUCCUCGCCCUGAUGGUCCGCCUCCCACUCUUCGUAGCCCCCCGCUACCUUGCCCGUAUCAUCCACAUGUGCUGCUACACCUUCGUCCCCUCGCCCAUCGCCGCCAUAAUCGACCCGCUGACCCUCACCUACGGCGCGAUCCACUCGCUGCCAAUCCUCGCCGCCUCCAAAGCCACCUCGAACCUGAAGUUCAUGGACACAGCCGGCUACGGCCCGCAGCGUCACCCGCGCGUUGCCUACCGCUUCAGCAAGAUGCUGCUCACCGCGGCCCGCUCCGUCACCGCCAUCUGUCUCGGCAUCGGCGCGUGGAUCGCCGCGGCAAGACACGUCAAUGGCGGCAGCCUGUACGGAUACCUUGUCGGCCUCAUAGCUGGGUGCAUCGGCUGGGCUAUCAUCGGUGCGACCGAGGGGUGCCUCACCAACGUUGUAGAUGCCUGUGCGGUGUGUGUGGUCAGUGAGGGGGCCGAGGGAACGCAUUGCCGGGAGGCGCAGGCUGCUUUUGGCGGAUAA